AUGCCAUCUCGUCAAUCUACACUGUUCUCUCAUUUCUCACCUAGUCAAAAUGACGCCGGACCAUCGGGACAAAGAUCAACGCCUCGUCGUACGCGUAACCCUCAACCCCUACUCGACCCUUCCGAGAGCGAAGGAUCAGAAGGUAUGGACGGUAUAAAAAUGCGUGAUAACAAACUUGAUGUAAAUAAAUUACCAAUCACUCAAAGGAGAACAUUGAAGAAAACGAUCGUUGACAGUGAUGAUGAUUCAAGAGAACAAGAAGGAGAGGAGGAUGAUACCAUAAGGAACAAGAAGAGAAGGAGAGGACAAAUGGUUGUUGAACUACCUAGAACAUCAUUAGCAUCUCCCACUAUCAGGGAUAGGAAGAAAAGGGGUCAUCGUGACGAUGCCGAAUACUCUGAGCCUGAUGCCGAUGGUCCUUCUGUUCCCUUGGACUGGUAUAACUCGCCCGAUAGAACGCCACCUGAUUAUUUCGAAAUACAAAAAAGGAAAGUGAAAGAGAAAAGACAACUAAAACAACAACUAGAGGAUGAAAGAGAAAAACAAAGAGAGGAUGAUAAAAUCGAUUCUGAAAUUGAAGUUUUUCCUUCACCACCUUCACCACGUAAUAAUAAACGAAAACUGGGAAGAACAGGGCACAAGAAUGAUAGUAGAAUUGUCAUAGAUGGAAGUAGUGGAGAAAUCAGCAAAUCCAAUGAGAAUAGUAACAACAAAGGGAAAGGAAAGGAAAAGGAAAAAGCAGAUGAUGAGAUUAUUCCAAUUGAUGCACCACCUAAACCAACGCCAAGAUAUGGUCGAGCAACUCAACAACCUUCGUUCACCUACUUCCUACCUACCAAACCAGCUGGAAGACCGAAAUUGAAUUUGCAAAGAACUAAAAGCGAAGUGAUAGUGGAAAUUCCAAGAUUAUCACAAGAAGAUAAACAAAGUUACACUUAUAUCAAACCAUCUCAAUCAUCUCAACCAUCUCGGUCAGACUUAUCCACUAAAUCAAAGGAAGACAGGGUACCUGAAAGCAAAGCGUCAUCCAGUGAAUCUAUAGUCAAGCCCGCUGUUGAGGAGCCGAAUGAUCCAACACCAAGUCAUUCCUUGCCUCCCAUUUUGGAAGUGGAAUUGUCAAAUAAAGAUCUGGGCCUUCUUACUGAUAGUGAACAAAAUCACAAGGAGGCUUUCGCAUCAACUCGUGAACCCCCGCUUGCCGUGCAAUCAUCUCAACGCAAAAGCUCGUCGCCCAUGAAUCAGCCUUCACCUCUCAAGCAGACAUCCACUCUCAAACAACCAUCACCCCCAAAGCCACCUUCCACUGGUCCAGUGACCUCCUCGUAUACACGCCCAUCACCUGCUAUAUCCAUGCCUCCACUUAAACGUAGAGCCCUAUCUCCAUCACCUGCGCUAUCCUCCGGCUCUUCAAUUGCGGUUGUCGUGCCUACUAAACGAAAAGAUAAGGGUAAGCAGAAAGCCGUCUCGGAAUCCGAAAGUGAAGAUUCGAUGCCGAUCAGGAGGUUUCGAAAAGCUACUCCGUUGUCUGUCAAGUCCUCAAAGAAGAAAGUAACGCUGCCUGAGAAGAAAAGACAAGGUAAAUUGAAAUCAAAAGCCUUGGAUCCCGAUGAAGAUGCAGGUGCGGAGACCGAGAAUGAAGAAAACAUGCUGGAUGAUCUCAAAAUGGACGAACCGGAGAGGUUCAAAUCCAAAACGCGACUUCGAAAGAGACCACAGGAAACAGCUGCUCAGCGAAGCAUUCGAAAACUCAAGAACCGACGAGAAGGUUUAGUUGAAUCUAGCACAAGCGAAUCCUCAGAGGGCACAUUCGAUGACAGUAGUGAUGGCUCUGCUUCCGAUCAUGAUGAAGAAGAUUUCAUCGUACCUGAUGAUGCCAGAACGAAGCGAGUCCAGCUUCCACAUGAAUUCUCGGUCGAUUCAGCUCAAACACCCGAAUUCAAAUUCAAGGUUGUAUUCCACUAUCUUGUGUUAUUAGUGAUGAGAGGGAAGAAAGCUUUCCCCUUGGAUCGUGAAUCUCAGGAAUAUUUCGUUCCCCAACUUCGUCAGUUCAGAGAUAGAAUGGUUGGGUAUAGACAAUUAAGGGUCAGAAGUCAGAUCUGGAGAACAAAUUUUGUAAAAGCAAUGGAAAAGUAUCCUAUAUUUGACGUUGAAGAGCUCAUGAAUGCCGAACCAGGGUGUGAUGCAUGUCAUAUGGGAGGGAGAAUGAGUCGAUUUAGGGUGAACCUAGAAGGAGAGCAAUACGAUCAAGAGACGCAUCAACCGCUCGAUAGUUCCGAUGAGGAGGAUGAGCCGGAAGAUUCGGAUGAUUCGGAAGCCAGUGAACGGAAAAGGAGGAAACUGCCAAGAUCGCUGCUGAUGGGUCGAUUUUGUAGACAGCGGGCUCAGGUAUAUCAUGACAUGGUUCAUUGGGAGGAUGAACUAUAUCAUCGUAUUCGAAACUACUAUCACGAUCUUUUGCGAGCAAAGUAUAAACCUGUCCAAUCCGAUUCAGAAGCAUCUUCAUCAGACACCGACGAGGAUGAAGAUCCAUAUGAAGUGAAAGAAAGAAGAGCGAAUAGAAAACAAAGAAGACUUAAUACAGCCUCUAGAGUUGAAAGAUUGAGGAAAAAGAAAUUACCCGAUGACCCCAAAGAUGUCGACGAAGUCACUGAAUGGAUGGAUAAAAUGGGUUAUCAGAAUAAGGAUUUCAGAUGGAUCGAAACGAUGAUUGAGAAAAGCGGUCGUCUGGAACAUGAUAAGCAGAAAGAUGAGUAG